UGGCAACGAAGUUUGUGCCAACUGUUGCAUCUUACAGGAAAAAUUCGUAUAGCUACAGAAGGAAUAAAUGGUACUGUAGGGGGAAGCAAGGUCUCCACCAAAAUUUACAUCGACACUAUGCUUUCACACCCUCUGUUUAAACACAGUAUGUGCCUGGAGGAUUUCAAGACAAGUGAAGGGGAUGCACAUUGUUUUCCCGACCUUCGUGUUGGAGUUUUCCAAGAAAUCGUGCCAAUGGGUGUUGAUCCACACAAAGUCAGCUAUAAAGAAACAGCUAUGCAUCUCUCUCCGGAGGAGUUUCAUAAAAGAGUGGAACAAUAUUUGUCUGCAUCUCUUCAUGAACACAAGGACACAAUUUUGCUGGAUUGCCGGAAUUUUUAUGAAAGCAAAAUUGGGCAGUUUCAGAAUUGUCUAGCUCCAGACAUCAGGAAAUUUAGCUACUUUCCAGACUAUGUUGAUCAAAAUCUGGACUUAUUUAAGGAUAAGACUGUGUUAAUGUACUGUACAGGAGGAAUUCGCUGUGAACGUGGUUCGGUUACCUCAGGUCAAAGGCUGUUUGCAGAGAAGUCUACCAGCUAAAGGGGGGCAUCCAUAAAUACUUAGAACAGUUCCCAGAUGGCUUUUUUUAGGGGAAAGCUGUUUGUUUUUGAUGGACGGUAUACCAUUUCUUCUAACGAUGACAUCAUAUCAAGUUGCCAUUACUGUGGCUUGGCCUGGGACAAAUACAAGUUAUGCUCUACUCAUCGCUGCUGCCAGCUGGUGCUGACCUGCACAAAGUGUCAGGAGCAAGGGCUCACUGCCUGCUGUCAUACAUGCCAGGAGAAAGAGCUUAGCAAUCAGUAUGACAGAGACCAGCAACAUUACAAAGAAGAAUGUGAAUGUACACAGAAAAGGCCUAAGAUUCCAAAAGAAACUCUUUAG